UGUCUCUCAUAGCAUUUCCAUCCCUCUCAACUCUCUGCCCUAGCAACCUUCUCUCCGAGAUGGGACGAGUGAUCAGAGCUCAACGUAAGGGUGCCGGAUCGGUUUUCAAGUCCCACACCCACCACCGCAAGGGCCCCGCCCGCUUCCGCUCCCUCGACUUCGGCGAGCGCAAUGGCUACCUUAAGGGUGUGGUGUCCGAGAUCAUCCACGACCCUGGUCGCGGCGCCCCGCUCGCUCGCGUCACCUUCCGUCACCCCUUCCGCUUCCAGCACCAGAAGGAGCUUUUCGUCGCCGCCGAGGGCAUGUACACCGGCCAGUUCGUCUACUGCGGUAAGAAGGCUAACCUCAUCGUCGGCAACGUUCUGCCUCUCAGAUCUAUCCCUGAAGGUGCCGUCGUUUGCAAUGUCGAGCACAAGGUCGGUGACCGCGGUGUCUUCGCUAGGUGCUCUGGCGAUUACGUUAUCGUUAUCAGCCACAACCCUGAUAAUGGAACUACCAGGAUUAAGCUGCCAUCAGGAUCGAAGAAGAUUGUUCCCAGUGGGUGCAGGGCUAUGAUUGGUCAGGUUGCUGGAGGUGGAAGAACAGAGAAACCACUCCUCAAAGCUGGAAAUGCUUAUCACAAGUUCCGCGUUAAGAGGAACUGCUGGCCUAAGGUCCGUGGUGUUGCCAUGAAUCCCGUGGAGCAUCCUCACGGUGGUGGUAACCACCAGCACAUUGGUCAUGCCAGCACUGUCCGUCGUGAUGCUCCACCAGGGCAAAAGGUUGGGCUCAUUGCUGCAAGGAGGACUGGUCGUCUCCGUGGUCAAGCUGCCGCCACUGCUUCCAAGGCCGAUAAGGCAUAAAUUAACCCUUGAUUGUGCUGCAGAAUUUGAACUUAUUAUCAGCUUUUUACUUCUUCCUGUACUUCCAGACUUUUGUUAUGCAGUGGAUUAUACUAAAUUUUGUUUGGGAUUUUAAUUAAGCAGUAGUAAGUUUUGUUCAGUGGGUUCA